AUGUCUGCACUACAAAGAGCUAUGGAUGCUAUAGAUUGCUUUGAUGGUUCAAGCAAAUUACAGCUUGAUCAAUUUUUUUGUUCUUGUACAUAUGCCUUUAAAGUUGUUAAAUUAAGUGAUCAUGAUGCAUUAUUAGACUACAUUCUAUAUAUAAAAAUUAAAGGAAAGGCCAUGCAGGCAAUUCAGUAUAGAAAAUUUGAAAGCUUUGACGAGCUUAAAGCUGCUUUAGAAGAACUUUAUUUAGAUAAUAGGUCUGUUUCUUCUCUUCAAAUUGAGUUCAAUCAAUCUAGGCAGGGUUUCAAUGAAAGUGCUAGGGAUUUCGGUUUACGGUUACAAGAUAUUUUAAGGGAGUUGAUCGAUGCAACUAUAAAACAAAUUGAAAUACCAGAUUCCAAUGUUUAUUGCUCAAAAUUACUUAAUUAUCAAGCGUUACAUAUUUUUCAAGAGGGCCUACAUAAUGAUUUAAAAUUUUUAAUAAAGGCUAAACAACUAAAGACGUUAGAAUUAGCAAUUUCGGCAGCCGUUGAGGAAGAAAAGUUAUUAAAUUCGUCCAAAAACUUCAAAUCAAAUUUUAAAAAGCCUAAUAACUAUUCCUUUCGUCCCACAUCCCAUAUUAAAUCUAUUCCGACAACAUGCAAUUACUGUAAAAAGUUAGGGCAUAGCAUUUCUGAUUGUAGGAAGCGUAUCCAUAAUGAACAAUCUAAAUCGAAAGUUAAUAUCGUAGACAGGGCUAUCGAUAAAAGUGGACCUAGUACUAGUAAAGUUUUCCCAGACACAAACGAAAAUUCUUCUGGCCUCGUAAGUGAACUAAAACUUACUCACCUUUCUUGCAUUAAUAAUUCCAAACAGAAUCUAGCUUUUGUAAAUAUCGAAUGUUUGAGUACAAUAACAGAUCGUAUAAACUUGUUAGUAGACACGGGAGCAGAAGUGAGUCUUAUCAAACUUUCAGUUUUACAAAAUGAUUUAAGAAUUGAUCACACAAAUGAGGAUAAGCUCAAAUUAUGUGGUAUAUCUGGAAAUAGUGUGAAUGCAAUAGGUAGGAUUAUUAUAAAAUUUAGAUUAGGCGAUAGAAUUAUAAGUCAUAGCUUUUACGUAGUCGAUAAUACAGUGCCCAUUAGAGGUGAGGGUAUUUUAGGAUUAGAUUUCUUGAAAGAAUUCAAUGGAAAUAUAAAUAUUAAAGAAUCUUUAGUUAAUUUCAAUAGGGUUUCUUUGCCUUUAAAUUUUGCAAAUACUCUAAUUAGUUUAAAUCCACGCACUGAAUCUGUAGUGCAGGUGUCUACAUUUACUAAUGAUACAGAAAUUAUAGAGAAAACAGAAUUGAAAAGUGGCGUUUUUAUCAGUAAUACCUUAGUAUCUCCCCAUAAUUUUAAAUGCUUUGUAAAUAUUGUUAAUACAAAUGAAUAUGAAAUUAGAUAA